AUGAUGAAUCGAGAAAAAUUAAUUAAACUCUUAGAAAAAGAGAAUAAAAAUCGUAUGAAUAUAAAGAAUGUGAAAUUUCGUGAUUGUCAUUGUAUGUUUAAUAAUUACUCUCAAUGUUAUGUAAAUGUAAAAAAUAAAUAUGAGAAUAAAGAUUUUUGGAAAUAUGAAAAUAUUUAUGGAAGUGAUAAUAUAAUAAAAAGAAGUGUACAAGAAGAAGAAGAAAAAAAAAAAAAAUCGAUAGAAGAUAAUUAUAAUAAAGAAAGCAGUCUUGAAUUUACUUAUCCUUAUAGAUAUGAAAGUAAUCGAAAUAUAUUUUUAAUAAUUAAUAGUGAAAAUAUAAAUUUAGGAAAUUCAUGUAUAUAUCAUAAUGAUAUGAUAUAUAUUAUACAUAAUAAUAAAAGGUAUGAACACAUGAACUUACCCAAGAGGACCAAAAAGAAAAAAAAGAAAAAAAAAAGAAAAACAAAAAAAAGGACUUUACAUAAUAUGAAAAAUGACACUUUUGGUACUCUUACUAAUAUGAACGAUGAAAAGGAUUAUAUGAAAUAUAAUCAAGAUAAUCCUGAUCAAGAUGAUGUUAACGAUUAUGAUGAUGAUUAUGAAGAUGAUGAUUAUGAAGAUGAUGAUGAUGAUGAAGAUGAUGAUGAUGACGAUGAAGAUUAUGAUAAUAAUGAUGAUGACGACUAUGAUGACAAUUAUAAUAACAGCUUUGAUAACAGCUAUGAUAAUCAAUAUAACCGAAAAGGAAAUAAAAAAAAAAUCAAUCCCAUGUAUAAUAGUACCAUAUUUGAAACUAGCAAUAUGAACUUUUGUGUAAAAGAUGAAAAAAGAAAAAAAAAAGAAAAACAAAAGAACUCACUUCAUAAAAGAAAUAUUAUAUAUUCUGAUGAUGAUUCAGAUAAUAAUUAUGAACAUAUUUUUACUCAUAUAAAUUCAGAUUUAUUUUUUCUUAGCAUUUCCAAUGAUCAUAUUGAAAAAGAAAGUAAUUUAUAUAUACAAAAUGAACAAUUUAUAAAUUAUGAUGAUGUUAUUUUUAGAAAAUUCAAAUUUCAUAAAAACUUAUUUGUAAAUAUGGAUUCAUGUAACUCAUGGAUCAUAAUAAAAAAAAGUAUCCUUAUAAAUGAAUACAUGACACGGUCAGAAAAAAAUGAUUUAACAGAUAUAAAUGAUGUCUUAUAUGAUGUAGUCAAUAUGUAUCAUCGUAUAUAUAAUUGUUAUACUAGGCUUUAUAUUAAUGAUGAGUUUUUAUUAUUAAAUAAUAAGACAAAAGAAAUAUUAGGUGUUCAAAAUGUUGCCUCACAUAUAAAUAACACAACAAAUAAUAAUAUUAACAAUAUGGAUAAUAUAAAUAAUUAUAAUAAUAUGCGUGAACAUUUAAAAAGGACAGAAAAAAAAAAAAAAAUUAAUAAUUAUAAUAAUAAUGAUGAACUAAGUACAGCCGAUACAGGUGAUGAUAUGUUACCCAAUAAUUAUGAAUACAAUGAAGAAUCCAAAUAUUACAAAUUAGUUUUAAUAAAAAAAAUGUCUUUGAAACAUCUUUUUAAUAAUCAAACUGAUAUUAAUAUUUUAUUUAGUUUUCAUAAUGCAUGUUUGAGUAAUUAUAAUAAAUUAGAUGAAAAUUAUUCUUAUUUAUUAAUUAAUAAUUAUAAUUUAAAUAAUAAAAGUGAGCAUUUCUUAAACAUAUCAAUGAAUAAAAAUUACAAUAAUGAUAAUAAUAAUAAUAAUAAUAAUAUUUUAAGUAAUGAAAUGUACUCCUAUUUUAAUAAUUAUUUAACAAAAAAAAUUGUGGAAAAUUAUUCAACAUACAGCUUAUAUAUUAAAGAAUGCUUAUUAAUUAUCGAUAUAUUAUAUAUUUUGAAUAACACAUACGGAAAUUUAAUAUAUAUUAAAGAAUAUUAUAAAUAUGAUCAUGAAAAUUAUUAUACAAAUAUAAUUUCUAAUAUAGUUCAAAAAAAAAAAGAAAAAAAAAAAAAAAACUAUAAAAAUAUUAAAAAUAUAUAUGAUCAACCAAAAGAAAAUAAUAGAAAAGAAAGUAACUCUAUUUAUUCUAUAUCCUCAUUUAGCGAAAAAAAAUAUAAAAAUAAUAAUACUAUUCAUACGAAUAAUUUACUUCAUGAAGAAAUACCAUAUGAUUCUAUGUCUUCAUCAAAUAUGUCUUCAUCAAAUAUGUCUUCAUCGAAUAUGUCCUCAUCAAAUAAAUCAUCACCCAAUUCUGCAAUAUCAUAUGACAUAUCAAAAAUGAGAAAGAGGGGAAAAAAUAAUUUAAAUUAUAUAAACAGAAAACAACUGAAUAAUGAUCUUAUUUAUUUUUUUCCUAAAUAUAAAUUAAUUAUUCAUCCAACAUUAUUAAAUGUAAACGAACAAAAUAAUAGCAAUAUUGAAAUUGCUAGAGAAAUAUUAUAUUUAGGUAUAUAUAUACGAAAAAUACAAAAAUUUAUAGAAAUUAAUAAAAGAAGCCAAUCAUGUAAUUUCACAUUUGAUAUAUUCUGUUGUUGCUUAUAUAAUAUUAGUGCACAUAUAUUAAAUCAUAUAAAUAAAAUAGAAGAAAAUGUUCGAAAUAUAUAUAAUUUUACCAAAAUUAAUAUGAAAAAUAAUAUGAAAAGUAAUAUGAAAAGUAAUAUGAAAAAUAAUCAAAAUAAUCAAAAUAUUCACAAUAAUAAUAAUACCUUUAUCAAUGAUGAUGAUCUAUCGUUGUGUCUUUUUGAUGAAUAUAAAUUAUCUACAUGUACUGACCCUGAAGAAAAAAAAAUUUUUUUUAGUAUUAAUAAUUUGUUUCAUAAAAAUAUACAAGAUUUUAAUCUAUUCUUUAAUAUUAAUAUUGAAAAGGCAGAAGAUAUUUCCCUAUACAAAAUAAAAAUAAGUGUAUUACCAUUAAUUCAAAUAGCCAAAUUAUUAAAUAAAAUUAUUAAUAAAAUUAUUAAAAAAAAGAAAAUUAAUAAUUCCAAAUAUCUAAUUGAUUUAAUAUAUAAUUUACAAGAAUAUCUAAAUCCUGAUGAUAUAAAUAAAAAAGUACUCUUAUAUUUAUUAAAAAAUAUUACUACUCCUCUAUUUGAUUUUAUAAAAAAUUAUAUAUUCUAUGGAAAGGUUAAAGAUACAUAUAAAGAAUUCUUCAUACAUGAAAAUAAACAUAUUACACCAUAUUAUAAACAAAAUCAUAAACCAUAUUUUAAUAAUAUGUAUAAAUAUAUAUUCAAAAAAUAUAUUGACUUGUCCACAAAUUAUUGGGGAGCUAAAUAUAUUAUAUUAAAUGAUAAAGUACCCAAAUUUUUAAAAAAAUUAUCAAAUCAUAUUUUUAUAACAGGCAAAUAUAUUGAUGUAUUAUCAGCAUGUUCUAAAAUUUUAAAUAUACAAAGAAAAACAUCAUUUUAUUUAAUAGAUCAAGAUGAAUCUAAAAAUAUAAAUGAAAACAUUAAUAUAAAUAUAAGUAAUAGUGAAAAUAAUAAUAUGAAUAGUCUUUUACAUCCUAAAGAUGUAAUAUAUAAAGCUAAAUAUAAUGAAAAUAUAAAAAAUGAACAAUAUACAAAUAAUGAUAAUAUUAUGAAUCCAUAUUUUUAUAAUAAUUUUUAUAAAUCACAAGGAGAAACACAACAUACAAUAAAUAGACAAAUCAUAGAUGCAAAAAAAAAAUAUAGUUAUAUGAAUUUACCAUAUGAAGAUGAAUAUUAUGAACAUAAUAAAAAUGAUGAAAAAAAUAAAUCGUGCUUUCUAGUAUAUGAUAGUGAUAAAAAGGUUUAUGAAAAUCUAAUACAUAAUCAACAUUUAUAUGCAUCAAAAAAAAUGUUUGAAUUAUAUAUAAAAAAAAUAGAUAUAAAAGAAAAAAUUAAACAUCAUUAUUUUUUUUUCUUUUUACAAAUAAGUGAUUAUCUAAAAUAUUUUUAUAUAUUAUCUCAUGAGUAUUUAGAAAAAUUAUAUCAUUACAAAAAAAAUAAUGUCUUAAAUAAAUUAAAAAAUUUUUUUGAUAUUUCUAUUAGAUCAUCUGUAUUAUAUCAUUUAAAAUAUAAGAAAGAUUAUAAUGUUGCUAUUUCGGAUAUUUUUAGUAUUAUGGAUAAUGUAAACUUAAUUAUUGAUCUAAGGAAGUUUCAAAUAUCAAAUGAACAACAAAGACAAAAUAAAAAAUGUUCAAAUGAUAAUAAUAAUAGUGGUGAUGAAGAUGAUGAUGAUGGUGAUUAUUAUAACAAUAAUGCAAAUAAAUAUAAUAAUUAUGAAGAUGAGUAUAAUGAUGAUGAAGAAGAAAGAAAUAAUUACCUCAAUAAAAAUAAUUAUGACGAGGAUAACGAAGAAGAAGAAGACGAGAAUGACGAAGAAGAUGAUAAUGAUGAUGAUGAUGAUGAAGAAGAAUAUGAAUAUGAAGACGAUGAUGAUAAUGAAACAGACGAUGAUCGUAAUAAUUAUAAUAAUAUCAAUAAGAAUUACCACGAUGACCAGGCUCAUAAUAAUUCUAUUAAUAUAGAAAGUAAUCCAUUACAUAUUAACGAUACAACUAAUCAAAAAAAACAACAUUAUAAUGAAGAAUAUUAUAAAUACAAAAAUGAAAGGAUUAUCAAGAAAAAUGCAGAUUUAAAAAACAAAGGUGCAAUAAAAAAAAAAAAAAAAAAAGUUACGAAAAAAAAAAAAAAUGUAUCUAAAUUGAAUGAAAUACGAAGAAAUAAAAAUAAAAAUAAUACAAACAGUAUGAAUAAUAUAAACAAUUUAAAUAAUAUUAACAGCAAAAAUAAGAAUGUAGAUGAUAUGUCUUUUAACCCUUUAAAGAAUAUAAAAAAUAAUUUCAUGUUAAAAAAUAUAAAUAAUAAUGGACCAUCAAAUAUGAACGUGGAAAUAUAUAAAGGAUUAAUUUUAUCGUAUAAAAAUAUGUUUCCUUAUAAUUUAAUAUUUAAUAAUAUAACAAUAUUUAAAUAUACCUUAAUUUUUAGAGUCUUAAAUUAUUGUAAAUAUAUAGAACAUAAAUUAUCAGAAGUGUGGUUAAAUCAUAUGUUUGUAAAAAAUAUAAAUAUUAAUGAUGAAUGUACAAAUAAUUUAAUGAUAUGUAUACAUACAAGAGAAUGUAUGAUUCAUUUUUUAAAAUGUUAUUUAUAUCAUAUUCAAAAUGAUGUUAUAAAAUCAGAAUAUAACAAUAUGAAUAAUAAAUUAAAAGAAACAUUAAUAUUUGAUGAUAUUAUACAUAUACAUAACACAUAUUUAAAUAAUAUAUUAAAAUAUUCAUUUAUAAUGAAUAAUAAUAUUAUUACAUGUAUUCUCAAAUUAAUAUCUAUAUCACAUAUAUUUACAAGACAUAUAUUAAAAUUUAAUUUUAAUAAAAAUGAACAAAUAGAAAACAUAACAACCCAUGAUAAUGUCAAGUCUAAUAUACUUAAUCAAAAUACAACUCAUAUGAAAAACAAUCCACAUAAUAAUAAUAAUAAUAAUAAAUAUAACAAUAAAAAUAAUUAUCAUAAAAAAAUUGUACAAGAAUUAUUAACAGACAAAGCAUAUAUUUCUAUGAUUAAAAAUACAAUUAAACAUUAUGAUAAACAUUUUAAAAAUUUCUUCCUUCUAUUAACAGAAUAUGUAAAUAAUAAUAUUGAUGAAUAUGCUCAUAAUUUUCUUAUAAAAUUAGAUUAUAAUUUUUAUUAUACUAAUAAAUAUAAAAUAUCAUAUCAAAAUCCGACUUCUUUUAAUAAUGAUCUAAACUCAGAAUAUGUAAAUGAUAAUUGUAAUGAUUAUGUAGAUGAUUCGAAUGACACUCGAGAAAGAACAAAGGAAAAUGUAGUUGGAAAUAAUUAUAAUAACAAUGUCUCAAAUUAUAAUCAUAUACAAACAAAUAUUAAUCCUGUAGAAUCAAAUAAUAUACAAACAAAAAGGAAACAAAAUUUAUUUCUUACCAAUGAUAGAAAUUAUAAUAAUAUUGAUAUUAAUAGUCAUACUAAUAUAAAUGAUAUGAAUAAUAUUAAUAUGAUGAAUAAAGAUGAAAAUUAUAAUUUAUACAGGGAAAAAAUUACUUCUGAGAUAAAAAAUCACAACCCAAAUGAAUACAACAGAAAUAAUAUAAUCAGUAGUCAAAAUAUUCAUAAUAAUAAUAAUAGUAAUUAUCAUCAAAUAAAUUAUAGUUUGCAUAGAUUCAACAAUAACAAUAAUGAUAAUAUUAACGUACAAUCCGAUUUACACAAUUUAAAUGACAAAUCAAAUUUUUAUAAAAAAGAAAAUUAUAAUAAUAAUAAUAAUGAUACAAACAACAAUAAUUAUCAUUAUACUAAUAAUAACUCUCAUAAAGGUUCAAAUGAAAAAAAUAAUAUAUAUAAUAAUCAUUCCAUUAAUUAUAUCAGAAAUAAUUAUAAUAAAAAUAUAUUAAAUAAUAAUAAAGAUACCAUUAUAAGUGAAAAACAUUAUCUAAAAGAAAAGAAUCUUAUAUCAUUUCAAAAUAAAAAUCAUGAUACUCCUUCUCCUUUACAUAUAAAUAAUUUUAAUAAAGAAGAAAAUAAUAAUAAUAUGGAAAACAAUAAUAUAUCUCCUUUAAAUUAUUCAAAAUUAAAAAAAUUUAAUACGUCAUAUAAUAACAAUGAAAAUAUGAAAAAUAUUAAUUUAAGUGAUAUUGAUCUUGACAGUAUAGAUAACAGUAGAUACAGUAGUAAAUAUAAUGCAUAA